UGGAAUUGGAGGUCCAUGCAAGUAACUGUGGUGACUUGGAAAGUCCAGUGCCCCUUCAAUCAUGGAGGCCUGAUACAAUGGAUCCACAAAAUGAAGAGAUGUCAUGUGAGGAGGAUGUCCUACGAUGGCUAGCGGCUCAAGUUGACACCUCCAAGGAAUUCUGCAUUUGUGUGUCCAGAAUUAAUUUUGUGGAACGAAGUCUAUUACUUUGGAGGCGACAAAAGUUAAGCUCUCCAGUCAACACUUUAAAGAUUACUUUCUUAGGAGAGGCUGGAGUGGACACUGGGGCUUUGAGAAAAGAAUUCCUGACAGAAUUGAUUGGUGGCAUAGAGACCAGGCUCUUUAAAGGCGAGGAGGGCAAAGGCAAAAUGCCAAAAUACUCCCUGAAUGAUGUUGACAAUGGCCUGUUUCAAGUUGCUGGGGAGGUUUUUGCUGUUAGCCUUGCACAGGGUGGCCCAGCUCCAAGAUUUCUACAGGGCUGGUGUUAUGAUUUUCUGUUGAGUGGAACCCUUGAAAAUGUUACCAAAGAUAACGUUUACGAUGCUGAGAUUUCACCACUGAUUAAAAUGAUUGAGGAGACUUCAGAGUUGUCAUCUUACAGUGAACAGAUUGUCAACUGUGGCUACACAGGGCCUAUAAACGAGGACAACAAGGAGAAAAUAACAAGAGCAAUUGUGAUGCAUGCAGCUGCUCGUCGAAGCCUCAUGCUUCAGCAGCUCCGUGAAGGGUUAAAACUUUACAAUUUGAUAGACGUCAUGGAGAAGAACAGAGAAGUGUGCCGCAGCCUCUUUGUUGUGCAAGGUGGUGAUGAUAAGGUGGACUCCCAUUACAUUGUGUCACAUCUUGUCCCACAAAUGAGUGAGAGUGGCACUCUAAAACAUGCCAAAGAGGUGAAAAUCCUGAAUCAUUUCCAGGAUUUUCUAAUGGAGCUUGAAGAUGACAAUGAUGAGGACGAUACUCAGGAUGAGGAGGCACUCUCUGUCCCACGGGUGAUGCAGUGGCUGACCGGUCAAGCACAUAGACACCUGCUUCUGUCACAGAGACAAGCCUUUAAAAUAACUGUUGAGUUUGAUCACACAUGCAUGCAGCGAAUGCCAAGCCACACACUUUGCUAUCCUAUUGUCAGCGCAUGCACCCAAACCAUUACAUUUCCCACUGCACAUUUGUCAGAUUUUAAUGAAUUUAAAGAAAUCAUGAAAACAGCAGUGCAACAUGGUGCUUGCUUUUACAGAGUGUAGAUGUUGAAAUGAACUCCAAUGUCUAGACAGAAUGUUCCUC